UUCUUCAUCGGACGCGCCCUGUACAGAAUCUACCUCCACCCACUUCGCGCAUUUCCGGGCCCGAAACUCUGGGCCAUCUCACGACUGCCAUGGCACGUCCACAACAUUCGCGGCGACUUGGCUCGUACCAUUCACGCGCUCCAUGAACAACACGGUCCUACCGUGCGCAUUGCGCCCGAUGAGCUGUCGUAUACGUCGUCACAGGCAUGGAAAAAGAUUUAUGGUCAGACGCACCCCGAGUUCUCCAAGUGUCUGGAUGGGCGCGGCAUUGCUCCUGUGACCAAGGAAGCGCAUUUGCGUGGCAUCAUUGCUGCGGAAACGCUCAAACACCGUCGCCUCAGACGAGCGAUCGCGCCAGCUUUUUCGGAACGUGCACUAAGCCAGCAAGAGCAUUGCUUACAGAAGCACAGCGACAGCUUGAUGCGAUGCUUGCGCGAACGAUGCAACCGGGGGGAGCCUCUGGACAUUGGGAGAUGGUUUUCGCUCACUACAUACGACAUUAUCACAGAGCUGACCUUUGGUCACGCGGAUGGCUGCCUCAACGAUCCGGACAAGCCUUGGCUCACAGUCAUGGGCGCAAGAGCAAAGACUAUUCGGUGGUUCCAAUUUGCAAUUUACUAUGGCUUUGAUGGCUUGAUCGCACGUGUGGGGCCCUCGGUCAUGACUCGUUCGAGACAAGCUCAUAUGAAGAUGCUUGGCAGCAAGGUGCAGCGUCGUCUGAAGGAGAAAGACAUGGGAAUGGACUUCAUGUCACAUAUUUUGGAUAACAGAUCAGAGCCACUCUCGGUGUCUGAGCUCGUCAUCAUGGCGAGCGCGUUCGUCGUCGCAGGGUCUGGAACAUCGGCAAGAGCACUCUCUGCGACCACUUAUUUCUUGUGCUGUCACCCAGACAAGCUUGCCCUUGCCGUCGACGAGGUACGAGCCGCCUUCCUGGACGAAAGCAGUAUCACAAUCAAAUCUGCUGCAACGCUCGAGUACCUCUUUGCUUGCAUCCAGGAAGCAAUGCGGAUGCAUCCGCCGAACCCGUCCACGUUACCACGGUGGGUGCCAGCAGACGGCGAGGUCAUUGAGGGCGCAUGGGUACCUGGCGGCACAGCAGUCGGCGUGCAUCAACUAUCAGCGGGACUUGCGGACUGGAACUUCGCCAGGGCCAGAACAUUUUUGCCUGAGCGAUGGCUGGAGCUGCCACAGAAAUCGGAGUUUGAGCGAGAUGAUCGAGCCUCUGCCCAGCCCUUCUCCUAUGGUCCCAGGGGAUGUGUUGGCACCAAUCUUGCACAUGCAGAGAUGCGCCUGCUCAUGGCCCGACUUCUCUACACCUUCGAUGUGGAGAUUACAGCCCAGGCGCAAGAAUGGACAGCAAGUCAGAAGAGCUAUCUCACAUGGGAACAGACACCGUUGAUGGUGAAGCUGACAGUAAGGUCUUGA